GACGCGUGCGUGAGUAGUUCCCUCUCCUCUCCGUCCUGCGUCUUGCCACUCGUUUCCAGGACGUGCGGAUGUGCCGCUCGAUCCCCGGUGUCUCCCGUGUCUCCCGUGGCGCACGACACGCCGGUCGCCACGCCUUCAGGGACGCACACCUCUCUCCGUCGGGUGUCGGGAACCUGUCCGGUUCAACCAGCUCCUGUCAGCCGACAUUUGCCCACUUUCACCCAUCAGACCGGGUCCGGCUCCACUUCGCCCAUCGAUGCCAGCCGAGCGCGCUGCUCUGCUCUGCGCGCAUUCGUUUGGGAAUACCCGUAGCGGCGGUUUUUAAUUGAUUCGACACCGGAUACCAGUUGGACCAGAGAUGGGGAUCAAAGUGUAGUGCGGACGGGAAUGCCCCAGACUGUGUGCUCAGGCACCAUGUUCACCAGUUCCAGUGGCUUCAGCCCCCAUCUGGCCUGUGCUGAGCCUGGGGAGGAGGAAGAGGCCCCACAGGAGGGCCCGGGGCCUGGUGCUUGCCUGGCUGAUGGCCCCCCGAUCACCUCCGCCUCCCUGGACACCCUGAUCCAUAACCUGGUGCCCACUGCUGAUUACUACCCCGAGAAAGCCUAUGUGUUUACCUUCUUGCUGAGCGCCCGUCUGUUCAUCCCCCCCCCGGAGCUGCUGGCCAGGGUGUGUGAGCUGUGCAUCAAGCAGCAGCAGCUGGAUCAGAGCCCACUGGAUACGGCCAAAGUGCGCAAGUUUGGUCCCAAGAUCCUGCAGCUGCUGACCGAGUGGACGGAGACAUUCCCGUCUGACUUCAGGGACGAGAAGAUGGUCGGGCACCUCAAGGACAUCGUCCACAGGAUCGCUCCCUGUGAUGAGGCGUACUGGAAAACCCUGAACCAGGUGUUGCAGAAGCUCAGCCAGCGACUGGCCCUCAUGAGCCAGGGGGAGGAGAGCAUCCUUAAGGUCUCCCUCAACGCCUCCUCCAUCUCUGACAAGCUGGUUGCCUUCAAAACGAAGCCCCCGCACAUCCAGAAGGACAUGCUCUCCAUCUGCAACGACCCGUACACACUGGCUCAGCAGCUCACCCACGUGGAGCUGGAACAUUUGAGUCAUAUCGGGCCGGAGGAGUUUGUCCAAGCCUUUGUUCAGAAAGACCCGCUGGAUGGAACUCAGCCGUGCUUCGGGGACCAGAAGAAAAAAACCUUCAACCUGGAGGCUUACGUCAGAUGGUUCAACAGACUGUGUUACCUGGUGGCUACUGAAAUCUGCAUGCCAGCAAAGAAGAAGCAGAGGGCCCAGGUGAUAGAGUUCUUCAUCGAUGUUGCAAGGGAGUGUUUCAACAUUGGAAACUUUAACUCCCUCAUGGCCAUCAUCUCCGGUAUGAACAUGAGCCCCGUGUCACGGCUGAAGAAGACUUGGGGCAAAGCCAAGACUGCCAAGUUCUUCAUUCUUGAGCAUCAGAUGGAUCCUACGGGGAACUUUUAUAACUACAGGACCGCUCUGAGGGGGGCCGCCCAUCGCUCCCGCACCGCCAACAGCAACAGAGAGAAGAUUGUGAUUCCUUUCUUCAGUCUGCUGAUCAAAGACAUUUACUUCCUGAAUGAAGGAUGCGCCAAUCGGCUUCCCAGCGGCCACGUCAACUUUGAGAAAUUUGUGGAGUUGGCGCGGCAGGUCCGGGAGUUCAUGACAUGGAAAAAGGUGGAGUGCCCAUUUGAGGAGGACCGCGCCAUCCUACACUACCUCCACACGGCCCCCAUCUUCAGCGAGGACGGACUCUACCUGGCAUCCUAUGAGAGUGAGAGUCCAGAGAACCAGGUGGAGAAGGACAGAUGGAAAGCACUCAGGUCCAACAUCCUGGGAAAGACAUGAGACGCUGACGGCACAUGACCAGCGAGAAAGCACGUGUUCUCAUUGCACUAAAAGGAACUGAAGUAACCUAGCUGGAACUUAGGUGUUUUUCUAUGAAGAAAAUUUGAAGAAAAAAAGAUACUUGAUGAACAGGAUUCAUCAAGAAGAAGAAAAAAAAAAGACAAAAAGUGAAUUACAAAGGUUAAGCUAUGGGAAUGAUGGGGUCCAGUAUGUAGGAGAGGGAUACUGCCUCGCCUCCCCCUUCCCUCCAUGUGUGUUUACUCUGUGAAGAUAUGUUUACUGCUAUGGAAAGUACAGUUACAGGGAAAACCACUUUAUAUAAUGAAAAUCCUACUGAUUGUGGUUUUUGUAUUUGGUCCUCUCCCCUUUUCUCUCCCUUUAUCUCCGCCUUUGGUCCAAAGCCUUGUCCGGGUCCUUGAUGUGACGCCGUCCCCUCUCUGUGUGUAACGUACUGUAAUGAAACUUUCAAUGAUGUGAAGGGCGCUGGCUAGCCCAUAUCAGCUGUCGUAAUUUUAUAGGUUUACUGAAGGAACGGCAACCGCGUGGACGUGGGAGGACAGACAACAUGCCUCGACCAUUUCUACCAGUUCAUCUCACUCGUUCUUUGAUGGUUAGUUUGUGAUCCAGGUGUUCAUGCCUUCCUGUUUGUUCACAUUGUCGCCGUCUUGUUUUGCAUGAGAAUGACUUGGAAAGACUGUCCAUGGGUCGCCUCUUAUUGUAUUCUAAUUUAUUGUAUCCAAUUUUGGAAGGGGAACAUAAACUAUUAAAAAAAAAAAAGUUUACUACAUUAAAUGUAUUGUGCCGGUAAUGCGAGAAAACGUCUUUGGUAUAAGGGUGACAACGGGAGCUAGGCCAGGUGGAGAUUGUGUACAGGUGACAUUUACCCCUCAUCUUUCUGCUCUUCAGGAAGUUUUCUCUGACUGACGUUCAGUUGUCUGAUAUCAUUAUGGAGCGCUCUGUGCCGACAGAUGUAUAGUUUUUAUUGUAACUUUCCUUUACUGAACAUGAAGUCUACUAGCAUGCUACGAUGUGUGUUUGUGAAAAGAUGACCACCGCAACACGAACAUUGCAGUGACGAUGCAUUGUGUGCAUUCUGUAGAAGGACAACGGUGAAGUAGAGAGGCUGUAAAGAGGGAAACGUGUGCCAUAUGAGUAUCUGGUUGCCAUUAACAUUCAACUUCCUCUGACUUAAUUGGUUAUUUAUCGUUUUGUGGGAUGGUCACAGAAUUUUCGGGAGCCAUUAUGGAGGGUGGGUGGCAGGAGGAGAGGAGGGUAAACGGGAAAUAUUUAAUGUGUUUUUUUUUAACUGUCUUGUUCCGUUUGCUAUACUUGAUUGAUGUCAGUGAUUUCUUUUUAGAAGCAGAGUAACUUUCAUUCUCCCUCCGCAUUCGUCAUCAAUUAACUUGUUUUCCCCAAAACACAUUCCCCAGAUAGGUUUGGACUAGAGAGCCAGAGAUGUGAAGCCCUACCUGCCAUUCAAGGUGAAGACAUGUUUAAAUAAAACUUUGCCUGUGUUGAACGUGUGUUUUCAAUGACAAUCACAAUACUUUACAUAGCUCUUUGAAACGAUGUGAUCGCACUUGCAAUUCCACCUUUGCAUUUUCUGCUUUCACACCAGAGUUGUUGUGAGCAGUUCAAACACUGGAGUACUUUGUGUUUUUUGGUCAUCAAAGCCAAGCUGUCACUUGCAAAAACGUGUGACUAAACUUCAAGUCGUAAAUAAAAGUAAACCAUGCUAAGUUUA